CUGCACAUGUAGUUCCCGUUCCUGCUUCCGCUGAGCUUGUCAUGGUCACGCGCCUCAGAAGGGCCGGCGAGUGCGCAUGCGCGGUGGGAUAGACGGCGAUCCGUGAGCUGUGACGUCUUUCUAGGCGCUCCUCCAUCCGGGUCGCUAGGCCUCAGGUUGUUUGUUCGCUGCGCUGAGGGGGGGCCGCGGCGGAGGCGGCGGGUCUCCGCUGAGGGGGGAAGAGCGCGCGCGCGCGCUGCCCGCCGCUAAGCCAACGGCUGCACCUGCUUCCUGCCCGCGCGCUGGGAGAGCUGAAAAAUGUCUGGAUUUCUUGAGACCAUGAGAUGCUCAGAGUGUGUUGACUGGGGAGAAAAGCGCAAUACAAUUGCAUCAGUUGCUGCUGGCGUGCUGUUUUUUACAGGCUGGUGGAUUAUCAUAGAUGCAGCUGUUAAAUAUCCUCAGAUGGAAGACUUCAACCAUUCAUACCAUGCUUGUGGAGUUAUAGCCACUAUUGCAUUCUUAAUGAUCAAUGCAGUAUCCAAUGGACAAGUCCGUGGUGACAGUUACAGUGAAGGCUGUCUUGGGCAAACAGGUGCUCGCAUCUGGCUGUUCAUUGGUUUUAUGAUGGCUUUUGGAUCUCUGAUUGCUUCCAUGUGGAUCCUCUUUGGAGGCUAUGUUGUUAAAGAAAAACCACUAGUGUACCCAGGAAUAGCUGUUUUUUUCCAGAAUGCAUUUAUCUUUUUUGGAGGGCUGGUCUUUAAAUUUGGCCGAACUGAAGACUUGUGGCAGUGAACGUGUCUGCAGAAGUGAGUCAAGUGCUAUGAUUUUUUUUUUUUUUUUUUUACUGCACAGACUUGUAUUUUGUUUUGGAUUUUUUGUAGAAUUUACAAAAUUAUUAUCUCGAUUUAUUUCUGAGGAUAAAAACUAAAAUCAUGAGGCAAUAAAAUUUCCAUUUUCUAUUCUGUUUAAAAUAACUCUUUUUUUAGUCUUAGAUGUGGAUUUUGUGUUCUAUUGUAUUUGACUGAAAUGUAAAACUAAUAGGGAAAGUGUAACAAUGGAAGACACUCUUGUGGUAUGUAUGUUACAAAUAAUAUAGAGGAAUAAUUGAUGUAUUUAACCAAGUGUUCUGCACUGUAUCUGAGAUCUAAAACUGCAAUUAAAAGUAUUCAAACAAUUUUAAUACUUAUUUAUUACAAUAUGGUAUUUCCUGUAUCUGAUACUGAACACUAUAAACAUAUCCUGGAUUUCAGAACCGUGUGGCACUUUUUCACAAUGUAUAUUACACUGCCUCGUUUGUUUUUAUAUGAAAAUACUGGACUAGUCAUACUGAGAUUGUUCAAAAAUUUAUAAUAAAAAUAGUUAUUGCUGU